CAGGAGCGUAAGUUUUCAUUGGUAUUUGAGGACGUUUACGCAGCACAGCACACAAGUCGACCACGAUCACCCAAGGCAAGGACUUUGGCUAGGACAGAUUCUCAGGCAGAGGUUUUUGAUAAUGGCAGUGGACUGGACUGGAUAUGGAUACGCAGCACUAGUAGCAUCUGGAGGAGUCAUAGGAUACGUCAAAGCAGGCAGUGUUCCGUCCCUGGCAGCAGGGCUGCUCUUCGGUGGUUUGGCUGGUUUUGGUGCUUACCAGACAUCACAAGAUCCCAAAAAUAUUUGGGUGUCUUUAGGUGCAUCUGGGACACUUGCUGCUAUCAUGGGAAAGAGAUUCUAUAAUUCCCGCAAAAUCAUUCCAGCUGGUCUUAUUGCUGGAGCAAGUGUGCUGAUGCUGGCAAAACUUGGAUCUGGAAUGCUGCAGAAACCUCAGCAGUCAUGAUACCCAAAUAGAAAUCACUGUCUACUUUCAAACAUCAUUUUCUUGAACCAGAAUGUCGUCAUUGUCAUAUUUUGUAUAAAAUGUACAAUAAAAAUAAAUGUACUUGUCAGAAGA